AGAGAGCUUAUGGACUGCACCUUGUGUGUAUUAUAUUUGUUCUCUCCACUUUUUAUCGAUAAUAAAGUGUGUCACAAGAUCUUGGACUCCUGCUUGAAGAUUUUUGAGACUUGUUAGAGAGUUUUUUUUGGAGCUGUUUUCCAACUGGGCUUUUGAUUAAUUGUUAAAGAUAGAGAAGUAAUUUUUUCCAAUUGGACUCCUUUAAAAACUAAUUUAUGAGCUAUUUGACCUACAACUUGGACCAAUAAAUUACACGACAAAGAUCUGACAAGUUUCCUUGGAAAACAGCUCUGCAGCAGCCAACAAGUAAUUACAUGCUAAUGUGACUCAUGCAGAUCAAAUGUGCAACACUGAUACAACUGCAAAGGGAGAUUCUUCCGAAGUGAGGAAAGGAAAUCACUGCACAAGCAACAGGCUUUGCAUCAGUUGGAGAAACAAGAAUUCUGCACAAUAUCUCUGAAGAUCGCUCACUGGUUUCCUCCAUUUAAGACGAGAUGAAUCCUGCAACCCAGUGCAUCGUUCUCCUGGCCUGCGCUGUCGUUUGCACUUCAGCAAUUUUACGGUGCAGAUGUGCCGCUACAGUCAAGGCUGUAAAGCCCUCUCUCAUUGCUGAUGUAGAAGAGUAUAAACCUGGUCCGUACUGCAACAAGACAGAAGUCGUUGUCAAACUGAAAGAUAACAGCACGCGGUGUCUUGACCCCAAAGGAAAAUUCACCCAAGCAGUCCUGAGAACAGUCAGAGUCCAGAAGGAGAGAAUGGCUGCAGAGAAGAACUCCACCAAUGUGGCUGCUUUAAUUCCUGCUUGUUUGUGCAAGUUCAGGAAUUGCAAUGCUACAACAAAUAAAAUCAUUCCACUUGUUUAGAGCUUUAUUUGCACACUGGGAGCUAGAAGUGUGUAUGCAUGCGACUGGUGUAUUUCCACGUUUAAUCCUUACGAACUCCAAGCUCUUUUUUGCUGUUUUUACAUUUCACUGCAGCUCUGUGGAAUCAGCACAAUCAUGGCUAGAAGUAGGAACAACUCAAAAAUGUCUUUUGGUC